GCUACGUUCGCUUUUUUUCAUUGCUGGCUCUUGAGAGCAGCGUCCCUUCAUUUUUCAGACUUCAGCUUCUUUGCGACCUUGUUUUAUUCAACGACUUGUGCAGUGCACAGUGCAAGACCUCCUGGAGGGGUCUGAUACUUGAUCUCCAGGAUGAAGUUUAUUCAGCUUACCGCCGCAGCGCUUACGCUUGCAACCGCUUCCGUCGCUCAGGUGUUCUCCAGCUACACUGACGAGGAUGGCGUUGUCCUUUGGCAAAAUACAUUCGAUCCCAAAGUGGGUGCCGGAAAUGCCCAGGUCGGUAUUGCACUACCCCCAGCCGAUGCAGCCGAUCUCAAGAACGAAUACAUUGGCCGAAUCGUCGCUCCUAUACCGGAAGGUGGAACGUGGUUUGGAAUCACCCAUACAGCGGGUAUGACGGGCUCUCUACUCCUCAUCACCUGGCCAAACGAAGGCAAAGUCAUGACCUCUUUCCGUCAUGCUUCUGGAUAUGUUGAGCCUGCUUUGUACACCGGCGACGCCACACUUAAAGUCAUCAACUCUUUCGUCAACGAAUCGCACUAUGGUCUGACGUACAGAUGUGAGAACUGCUGGUCUUGGGAUCAAGAUGGAGAAACCGGUUCUUCUGUUCCAGCUACGACUUCUGGUGCAUCGCAAUUGCUCGGAUGGGCUCAAGCUACUGUUUCACCUACCAACCCAGAGGCCACCGAUGCGGCGAUUGUGCAGCAUGCCCAGGCUAACAUUAUGGCUGCUGCUGUUGCUUCGGCGAGAAAUACUGAUUACACUUCUUGGAUCUCGCUCGGGACGCCUGAGACGCCUACUACUUCUGCUCCUGUUGCUAGUGGAACAGCUGCGCCUGCUCCUCCCUUUGGCGGCAACUCGACCGCAAAUGCAACCGCCACCGCAAGUGCGACGACUACUGCACCGGCUGCACCAUCUUGCACAAGCGAUCUGACAAUCACGAAUCGCACUUGGGAUUACAUUGUGGUUGGCUCAGGUGCAGGUGGUAUUCCUGUCGCGGACCGUCUUUCAGAAUCUGGUGCUUCAGUCCUUCUGAUCGAAAAAGGACCUCCAUCUACCGCUCGCUGGGGAGGUUCGCUCAAGCCGGACUGGCUCGAAGGUCAGGAACUUACCCGGUUCGAUGUUCCGGGUCUUGACAACCAGAUCUGGGUCGAUUCAGCUGGCAUCGCAUGCACAGAUGUCUCCGUCAUGGCCGGAUGUGUCCUUGGUGGCGGCACAGCAGUUAACGCAGGCUUGUGGUGGAAACCAAACCCAGCUGACUUCGACUUCAACUUUCCAGAUGGAUGGAAGAGCAGAGAUAUGCAAGGUGCCAUCGACAGGACGUUUCAAAGAAUUCCUUUCACGGAUGUUCCUUCGCAAGAUGGGAAGAUCUAUCAAGGUGAAGGGUAUGAUGUUGUCGCUGGAGCUCUGGCUGCAAGUGGCUGGAAGAAUGUUACUGCUGGCAAUGCACCUGCACAGAAGAAUCUUACCUUCUCGAGACCGAACCACAUGUUCUCGAAGGGUGAGCGAGGGGGGCCGCUGGCGACUUACCUCGUGACUGCGAGCCAGAGGCAAAACUUCAAGAUGAUCACUGGCACUUCUGUUACUCGUGUCAUUCGACAAGGCAGCCGGAUCACUGGCGUAGAGGUCGAUGCUUUCCUUGAAGGCGGGCUUUGCGGCCAAAUCAAAGCUCGAGCGGUCGUCCUCUCAGCUGGUGCCUUCGGAACGCCGAAAGUUCUCUUCCGAUCUGGUAUCGGACCUCAAGCACAGCUAGAGACUGUCCUCAGUGCUGAAGGUGACAAGAUGAUUCUUGAAGAGGACUGGAUCAGAUUGCCAGUCGGAGAGAAUCUGGACGACCAUACGUCGACAGACAUCGUCAUCACGCAUCCCAACAUCACCACCUAUGACUUUUAUGGCGCAUACAGCGAUCCGAUCCAAGCUGAUGUAGACUUGUAUCUGAGCGACAGAAGUGGUAUUCUGGCGCAGUCUGCACCAAACUUGAUCGCCAUGUUCUGGGAGGAGAUCACAGGCACAGAUGGCAUCACUCGCCAGCUACAUUACUCAGCCCGUGUCGAAUCAAGCCAUGACAUCGACAGCCCCAACGCAGUCUCCAUCACGCAGUACCUAGGUCGUGGCUCCACGAAGCGAGGCGUAGCGACCAUCACCAAGGCUCUGAACAUGGUCGUCUCCGAAGUACCAUACCCCAGCGACGGCGAGAACCUGGCUGCCAUCAAGACCAGUAUCCAGCACGUCCUCACUGCGUUUUCUAAGAACCCAGCGAUCAAAGUCGCCUACCCCUCCCCCAACACAACCCUCGACGACUGGAUGAGCACCUACCCCCUCACAACCAGCUCCCGCUCCGCAAACCACUGGAUGGGCACAGCAAAAAUGGGCUCCGACUCCGGUCUCACAGAAGGUGGAACAUCAGUCGUCGGUCUCGACACAAAAGUCUACGGCACAGAUAACUUAUUCGUCGUCGAUGCUUCGCUUUUCCCUGGCAUGGUGACUACGAACCCUUCGGCUCUCAUUGUUGCAGUGGCAGAGCAGGCUUCGAAGAAGAUUUUGGGGGUGGGAUUGCCGAAUGGGACGCCGGGAGGGGAUACGGUUUAUGAGAUUGGGACUUAUCAGCAGUGUGGUGGGAAGGAUUGGAGUGGUGCGGUGAGUUGUAAGGAGGGGUGGAAGUGUCAGGCUUGGAAUGAGUAUUAUUUUCAGUGUAUUCCGCAGUGAGCGGGAUGAUUGGGGUUUUGUGGAUGGUGUGUCGACCGAAGUUUGGUGUGUGCGAGCCUUCUAGUCGAUAUACUUUCGCGUUGGACGCGCUUUCUUGCGUGGCAGAUAUGGCAGUGGUGAACUUCGUUAUUCUUUCCUCUUUCUCCCGUUCUGCGACUUCUUCUUUGAGACAACAGCUUACAACAUCCACUGAUAACGCCUCUUCCACAACUCGCCUGAGCCCGUUAAUGACGACCAGGUACAGUUCGCAGUUCGCCAGGAAGCAGCAUCAACCUCCCACGCGAAAUCCUUGUGCAACGCACUGGCAAGAUGAGGGCCAACCUUGAACCGACAACAGCCAUCAGUACCCGCAACAACGCCGCACUGUGCUCCCACUUCACUGCGUUUCCCGCUGGAUCAUAAAUGCGUCACGCGUGCUUUCAGGUUCCCUGUUCCUGUCCCCCAAAGGUCUCAUCGGAGAUUGCGCUGCAGAAUACUGUAUCUCGCAUUCUUCAUCACCUCCGUUGUCCUAUCACGUCUGCGGUGCUUUGCGGCGGAUACAUGUCGGCGUCCUCCACU